AUGCAGAAGGAAGUGCUUACGUGGCGCUGCAACAGCAGCAGCCAGAGCUCCGGCGACCAAAAGGAGAAGACCGAGAAACCGGAAGCAAUGAGCCCGUUCGUGUCGUACGAACGCGCCCGUCAUCGAGAGAUCGGAGGGCCCAAGCCGCCGCAGCGCGCCGAGGCGUGGGAGGGCGUGCGCGACGGCACGCGCGAGCGCUCCGAGUGCACGCAGCUCAAGUUCCCCACGCGGGAGCUCGUGGGCCGCGAGGACUGCCUCUACCUCAACGUCUACACCACGCGGCUGCCGGUGAACGACUCCGUGGUGGGGAAGGUCAUUUGGGACGUCGUGGUGCUGAUUCACGGCGGAGGCUUCACCCACGGCAGCGGCCACUUCGACGACUACAGCCCCGAGCACCUGCUGGAUGAGCACAUGGUGCUCGUCACCUUCAACUACCGCCUGGGGCCCUUCGGGUUCCUGGCGACGGACGACGAGGCAUCGCCAGGCAACUACGGGCUCAAGGACCAGCUGGACGCGCUGCGCUGGGUGCGACGCAACAUCGAGCGCUUCAGCGGCAACCCUCAGAGCGUCUCGCUGCUCGGCUUCCACGCCGGCGCCGCCUCCGCGCACCUCCACCUGCUCUCACCGCUCUCCCAAGAAGGAUUUGCUGUAAGACAUGGAUCCGACUGGUUACAUGAUAUGCACUACCCGUUCGUGCCAGUUAUAGAACCAACGAUAAAAGGCAAGAAAGCUUUUAUUCCUAAAGACCCUGUGGAAAUGAUGAAAGACCUGAAGGACAGAAAAAUACUCAUACCUUGGAUUAUGGGUGUUGCAGCCAAUGAAGGUCUGCCACAAGCUCUUCGUGUUCCUCAAGGUGAUGAUAUACGAUAUCUUUUUCCUGAUCGGAUAGGAGGCAUAAAAGUAGAAUAUGAAGAAGCGGUAUUCCCUACUGUCGAUCGUUUAGUAAAAUUAGUGCACAACUUUGCACGAGAUGGAGAUCCGACUCCAGAAGAAAUAGAUCUAUUGAAUAAUGUUCUGUGGCCUCUAGCUGAAGGAAGAAACUUUGAAUAUAUUGACAUUGGUGACAAUAUCACCAUAGUUUCUGACGGAUUUUAUUCAGAUCGUAUGGCCUUUUGGGACAGCAUUGAUAAAGAAUUCAAUGUGCAGCCUCAUACAAAAGAUGAACUGUAAUUUAUU